AUGGAGGCCGCGGGUCCCGCGGAUUCUGCUGCUGCAGCAGCAGCUGCUGCUGCAGCAGCAGGCAAGGGAACAGCAGCAGCAGCAGCAGCAGAAGAGCAGCAAAAACGAAGAAAGACCAGAUGGGAGCGAGAUGGCACAGCCGACAAUGCAGCAGCAGGAGGUGCUGCUGAGGCUCCUGCUGCUGCUGCUGCUGCUGCUGCAGCUCCGGGAGCAGCAGCCCCUGCAGCAGCAGCAGCGGCGCCGGCAGCAGCAGGUGCAGCGGGGGGCCUGAAGCUGCCGUUUAGCAUUCAAGCAGCAGCAGCAGCAGCAAGAGAAGCUUUAGAGAAAGCGAAGAAGGCAGCUUCGCUGCAGCGGCAGAUUCAGGAGCAGCUGAAGCAGCAGCAAGCAGCAGCAGCAGCAGCAACGGCGGGCGCCGCGUCUGGCCCUUCCCUCGCUGCUGCUGCAGCUGUUGCAGCAGCAACUCCCAGCACCACGAGCCCAGCAGCAGCAGCAGCAGCAGCAGCUGCUGCUGCUGCUCUUGCUGCGCAGCAGGCAAAGGCGAGCACCGGGCAGCUCACGGCGGGGAUCGGGGCGACGAAUCCGCUGCUGCAGCAGCAGCUGCUGCUGCUGCAGCAGCAGCAGCAGCAGCAGCAGCGGCGGCGGCAGCAGGAAGAAGAAAAAGAAAGAGAACUUUUGAAAAAAACAAAACCCUUGAGAUUUGAUCGCUUUGGAAGAGAAAUCGACAGCGAAGGAAACUUAGCUGCUGAGACUACCUAUGAAGAUCCAACCACUUGCCCGUGGUAUGACCCAACAAUUCAAACCAAGACAGCUAGAAACCAGCGCAAGCGCAAGGCUCUGGAGUUUUUGCCUAAGGGACAUUAUGUGCGGCUGGAGGAAAACAUGAUUGCCUACCAGCAGCAGCAGCAGCAGCAGCAGCAGCAGCAAGCAGCAGAAGCUGCAGCAGGAACAGACACAAAGACUGAAGUUUCCCCGCAAGAGAAACUUGAGACUGCAGCACCAGAUUUGGCAAGGAUCUGGCUGUCGGACUGCCCUGCGGUGGAGCCGUGGGAUUUGCCUUUAUUAAAACAAACAAAGACGAAGGCUUACGAGAUAGAUGAGACAAAAAUUGAUGCUCUUAUUGAACACCCGCCCCCCAUAGCCACCGUGGCGAAGGGCGAGGCCAUUGUCAACAUGUACUUGACCCCAGCAGAAAGAAAAAAACUUCGGCGCAGAAAACGCCAGGAGAGAGAAAGGGAAAAGCAGGACAAGAUUCGAAUGGGUCUGCUGCCGCCGCCUCCCCCCAAGUGCAAACUAAGCAACCUCAUGAGGGUUUUGGGGGAUGUUGCAGUAGCUGACCCUUCGAAAACUGAAAAGAAAGUCCGAGAGCAAAUGGCCGCGAGGGUUGAAGGCCACGAAAAGAGAAAUCAAGAAAGGAAAAAAACAAAAGAAGAAAAAACGAAAAAGACAAUUAAUAAAUGGAGGCUGAAGCAGAACAACUUGUGCAGCGUCGCUGUCUUCCGAGUCAAGUCUUUGGCGAACAAACGCCAUUUGUUUAAGGUUGAUACAAAUGCCAAACAGUUUCAUGUCACUGGAGUUUGUGUUAUUCCCCCCGCCCCUUUCUGGAAUGUAAUUGUCUUCGAAGGAUCGAACAAAUCGAUAAAGCGGCUGAAGGCGCUGAUGCUGCGGCGGAUAAAAUGGGUGGAGGCGGAGUUGGGGGGCGGCGGGCUCGAAGAGGAUUCGGAUGAAGAGGAAGAAACCCAAGAAGAAGCCUCUCGAGAAGAAUGCUGUCUUUGCUGGAGUGGCAGCAGCAAAAGCCCGAGCUUUUCGAGCUGGAAAAUUCACCGGGUCCAUUCGGACGCAGAAGCCAGAAGGAUCUUCCGAAAUGUCCACGUUGUGAGGGUUUAG